AAACAAGAAUCUUGAUUCCACCUCACUCCUUGUCACCCUCACACAUCUUGCCAUUUGGAUACCUGAAAUAAAUCAUAUUCCACCCCAUUCAUCAUCUUCUUCAAAACCCCCAAAUUAGCAGAAAUCAGACAAUGUGGGUUCAGAAAACCAUCAAGAACAGAAAAACCCUUGAUUAUUUUGCAAAUUCUAAGUGGGCUUUCAAUCUUUCUUCUCUCCGACGGUUUACGACGGUGCAACCGCCGGAGCUUCCGCCGUUUGACUACCAGCCGGUGGCGUACAAUGGGCCCUCAGCCGAUGAAGUGUUUGAGAAGAGAAAGAAGUAUCUUGGCCCAUCUCUGUUUCAUUAUUAUCAGAAGCCACUCAAUAUAGUUGAAGGGAAGAUGCAGUAUUUGUUUGAUGAAAACGGGAAGCGUUAUCUUGAUGCAUUUGCCGGGAUAGUUACAGUUUCUUGCGGUCACUGUCAUCCUGAAAUUUUGAGUGCUAUUGAAGCACAAAACAAGCUUCUUCAGCAUGCUACAACUAUAUAUUUACACCAUGCGAUUGCUGAUUUUGCAGAGGGGUUAGCUGCAAAAAUGCCCGGAAAUCUAAAGGUGGUGUAUUUUGUGAAUUCUGGAACUGAAGCAAAUGAGCUGGCUAUGCUGAUGGCACGACUGUACAGUGGUAAUCUUGGGAUGGUUGCUUUGAGAAACGCUUAUCAUGGUGGAAGUGCUGCUACUAUUGGACUCACAGCUUUGAACACGUGGAAGUACCCGAUACCACAGGGUGAAAUUCAUCAUGUUGUAAACCCAAACCCCUACCGUGGAGUGUUCGGCUCUGAUGCUAGUCUAUAUGCUCAAGAUGUACAAGAUCACAUCGAUCAUGGCACGUCAGGACAAGUUGCUGGAUUUAUCUCUGAAACCAUUCAGGGAGUUGGCGGAGCGGUUGAACUGGCACCUGGAUACUUGAAACUGGUAUAUGAAAUGAUACGUAAAGCGGGCGGUGUUUGCAUUGCUGAUGAAGUUCAAACCGGAUUUGGUCGCACAGGAAGCCAUUACUGGGGGUUUCAAACCCAAGAUGUGAUUCCUGAUAUCGUCACUAUGGCUAAGGGAAUCGGAAAUGGUUUACCCUUAGGAGCUGUGGUUACAACACCCGAAAUAGCACAAGUAAUGGCUCAAAAGAUACAGUUCAACACUUUCGGAGGCAACCCUGUGUGCUCGGCAGGUGGACUUGCGGUUCUCAAAGUUCUCGAUAAAGAAAACCGUCAACAACAUUGUGCUGAUGUCGGUUCCCAUUUAAUCGGGCGACUGAGAAACCUUCAACAAAAAUUUGACAUUAUCGGAGAUGUGAGGGGGAGGGGGUUGAUGGUUGGUAUUGAGCUUGUGACUGAUCGGAAAGAGAAGACACCUGCUAAAGCCGAAACUGCAGUUUUGUUUGAAAACCUACGAGUGCUAGGCGUUUUGGUUGGCAAAGGCGGUUUACAUGGAAAUGUUUUCAGAAUAAAACCUCCUAUGUGCUUCAACAAAGAUGAUGCAGAUUUUCUUGUUGACGCGUUGGACUAUUCAAUGUCAAAAUUGUAAGAUUGUGUUAUAGGUUAUCUGGUCCCUUGGUAAGAAGCCCGGGUCAUGUGAUCGUCAUGCCAAGUGCUAGGUUUUGAAACCUUUGGGGUUCUUUUCGGUUGGUGUGUCCGACAUAGCUAGUUAAUAUCCCGCUUUUAGGGUUGUGUUGCAUGUCAUAUUUGUGUUUUUUUCACUUGAAACCAGAAAUAAACUUUGGGUACAAUAAACCUUUGGGUAUUAUCCGAGAAAUUUAUGGUCAGUUGACUUUUAAUGUCAUAUGUAACACGUAAAAAAAUUCAGGCCA